GACCAGGGGACACCGCGCGGGCACGUCCGCGCGCGUGGACCGCCGAUGGAGCGCGCGGCCGCCUCGAAGGACGCGCUGAGAUCUGACCGAUUUUUCAUGUCCGCUCCCGAUCGUACCGGUUUGCAUCGGCCGCUCGUCGAGCUGUUCGUGUCGCGGAGGAGCGGCGCGGCUCGGAGGACGUGAUACGAGGUAAACAAGAGUCCUACAGGUACCUCCUUCCAGCCGUCUCAGUGAAGACAAUGAGUGCCAUGUCCACCCCAGAAGGAAGCCCCACCCACCAGAGCCCUGGUCCUCCACUCCCCGAUGGCCACAUCUCUCCUUUAAGCCUAACACAUGAGCAUAGGUCGCUGUCAUCGGUCAUGCAGAGCCCAACCUUCAGGGAGGAGCUGGAUGUGCUGAUCCAGGAUCAGGUGAAGAAGGGCACCAACUCUUCCAGUCUGUGGGCCCUGCGGCAGAUUGCUGACUUCCUGUCCCACUCCAGCGCCACUUUGGCCCUCCCUACUUCGCCUUCUCACUUGGUGACAGUGACGCCCAUCAAUGAUCUGGGCAGCGUGGAACCCGGCUCCAUGGGGAAGGCUGAGCGGCUGCAGCGCUGUAAGCUCGCCAGCACGUACCGCCUGCUGGACCUCUACGGCUGGGCCUGCGUGGCUCACGGGCAGCUCACGCUGCGCAUCAGUAAGGAGCAGGACCACUUCUUGGUGCUCCCACAUGGGCUGUCGUACAGCGAGGCCACAGCCCUGAGCCUGGUGAAGGUAAACAUCCUAGGGGAGACUGUGGAGCAGGGCAGUACAGCGCUGGGAAUCGACGUCGAGGGCUUCGGUCUGCACUCUGCCCUCUACUCCGCCAGGCCUGACGUGCGCUGCCUGCUGCACCUGCACACACCUGCCUCCGUCGCAGUGUCGGCCAUGAAGUGUGGCCUCCUGCCGCUGUCCCACGAGGCCUUGCUGGCGGGCGAGGUGGCCUACUACAGCUACAGUGGAACGAUGGAGGAGACCGGCGACAAGGUGGAGCUGCAGAAAAGCUUGGGCCCGACCUGCAAGGUGCUGGUCCUAAGGAACCACGGCAUCGUGGCGCUGGGGGAGUCAGUAGAGGAAGCUUUUUACAUCCUCUACCACGUCCAGGCGGCCUGUCAGAUACAGGUGUCAGCCAUGUGCAGUGCUGGUGGACAGAAGAACCUGAUCCUGCUGGACCGGGUCUCCCAGAGACCGUGUCCCACCGGCACCGUGGGCUGGGCGGGCUCCACCUUUGGCCCGCUGCACAAGAGUCGGCUCGGGGAACACGAAUUUGAGGCUCUCAUGAGGACCCUGGACAAUCUGGGUUACCGGACAGGCUACGCGUAUCGCUUCCCCCUGCUGCUGGAGCGGGCACGAGCCCGGAGGGAGGUGGAGGUCGCAGCCGCCGUUACUGCUUUCACGCUGGAGGGGGGCAGCGCCCGACGGUACCUCCGCCCACCCACCCACGCCCACAAGCAGAGGCUGGAGAAGACGCGAUGGCUCAAUAUGCCAAACAGCUCCCGAAGCCAGGAGAGCCCGGGGCAUCAGCGCAGCACAGCGUCACAGUGGCUGAAAGAAGGGGAGAUGAGACGGGGCAGCGGCUCGGCCGUGAAGGUGGAGAGCGCCAGCCAGUUUGUGCCGCUGUUUACCGACCCCCAGGAGGUUCUGGAGAUCCGGAAGAAGAUCCGGGAGCAGCAGCGGCAGGAGACGAACUGGGCUGGUCCUCAGUCCCACUUACUGGCCGGCGUUCUGUGCAACCGGGGUCUUAGCCAGGACUCUGACUCUGACCUGGAUGGGGGACUUCCUGGUCCGCAGCUGGUCCCAGAGCUUGAGACGCCCAACCCGUUCAGCCAGCUGACGGACCAGGAGCUGGAGGAGUACCGGCGGGAGGUGCAGAGGAAGCAGUGCUUGGACCUGGACAACGGCGAGCAGCAACUGGCACCAAGGAGUGAGGCCACCGCCGAAUCUGAAUCCCCUACCAGGAACCCUCCCGCGGGACCCCUGCCACCAGCAGGUGAUGGGAAGCAGGAGAAUGAAAAACAGCGUGCGGAGGAGCAGGUGGAGGGUCUAGAGGAUGAGAUGAAGACUCUGAGCGUGGCAGAAACGUUGCCCACGUCUCCCGCGGCGCUCCCCGCCGAGCCCCGGGCCGCGUCCCCGGCAAAGCCCCAGGCUAAGCUCCCGGGAAACACCCCCGAGAGCUCACCUUCGAAGAAGAAGAAGAAGUUCAGGACCCCCUCCUUCCUGAAGAGGAGCAAGAAACAGAAGGAGAAAACCGAGGUCUGAGUGAACGUGGCCUCCUCCGGGACGGUGUCCUCGUCCCUGAGUCCCGCAGAGCUUGCGACCGAGAUGAGAUGAGUUUAGGGAGACCUGUGCCUCUCUCUGUCUCUCACACAAACACACACACACACACACACAAAUGACAUGCCGACAUGUAUGUCCCUGGAUCUGAGUCAGCAGAGCAGAACUCGUGUGGGAGCAAAACAUGUCAACCAGAUUGUGCUUAAAACUGUGAGAAGUGUAAAGAUGAACACACUUUUGAUGUAGCGGAGGUCAUUUUUUGGGGUGCCAGUGCCAUCAAACAAUUCGUAUUAUUGCAGACGUUUGGAAAAGUACGUGGCAUACAGUACCAAAGUACUCCCCCGUGAGGUCAUUCAAUAUAGGACAUGAUGUGGCACAAUAAAUUCGCAACCAAGAUUUAUUUUGCCAACAACAUGAAAAGAACAUGACGUGUCCAGCACUCUCUCAUUUUCACAUUUUUUCCACAUCAGUCAUUUUACUCAGGUUCCUACAGAGAAGCAACAAAUAACACAUUACAUUUAUUUAUCGGACACUGUUCUCUAAAGCGACUUCCAAUGAACUCUAUGUAGUG